AUGAUGGCGCCAACCGCCCACGCCGUACCCGACGUACAUAUGCUUGCGACUCCUGCAGCAUCAAGAAGAUCAAAUGUGACCGCGCAACGCCCCAGUGUGACUGGUGCUACCAUCAUAACAUCCCCUGUACCUUCACGCGCAACCGAGAUUCCUCGCGCUCAUGCUCACGCCAAACUCGGAGUGAUAAUGAUCCGUAUUGACUCGAUUUUCCAGCAGCAGUUCGCCUUCCCCGCAUGCAACGGGUUGGAAUGGAUUCGAGCUCGUACCGGCGAGGACGGAUCUCUAGACCGAUAUUGCAGCAUGAGGCCUAUCACCUGGCCGCGGUUAGCUAAGAAACGUACCGAGGGCGACCGACGAUUAUCACUGCCGGAUAAAUCGCUUCUUUUCGAACAGAUAGAGGCUUUUGAAAAGUCAAUUUGCGGCCAGUUCUUGCCUCUUCUUAACCGAACAUGUUUUGAGUACACUAUCCGAGCAGCCUACGAAAAUGAAUUGUCAGACAUCUCGCCUGGGCUUUCCAGCGCCAGGGUAUGUAUAUUUGCCUUUAUGGCCCUGAGUUCAUUCUUUGCUGGUCAACCGCAUGUUGACAAGAUCGUGACUGCCGAUGAAUAUGCCCGCGAGGCUCAAGAUCUGUUACCAGAGAUGCUCAACGAGUCUGUAACAUUGGACGGGUUGCAGGCACUGACCAUGCUGUGCCUCUGCUGUCAGGCCAUAUCUGGAGAUAUGCUUAGUAUAGAGCUUAUGUUGUCCACGGCCACACGCUUCGUCUUUCACCUAAAAGGCAACGUCUACCCCGAGGAUAUAGAGAGCGGUACUCUGGGUGCAAAAAUGCACGUCAGGAAUCUUUUUUGGAUCUGUUUCACCCUCGACAAGAUAUUCAGCUUGCGCACAGGCCUUCAGCCCUUUAUCGACGUGACGAAUUGCGAUCUAACGCUUCCUCGAAUGCAGACGGUGACUGGCCCGCUGGAAAGCUUGCAACCUUUCUAUCAUCAACACAACCACAGUAUGUUUCUCACCCUCAUUCGCCUGUCUCUAGUCCAGUCGAAGGUCUAUCAUGGCCUAUACUCCUUCUCCGCCCAACGCCAAAGCGAUGCGGAUCUCCUAGCUACCAUUCGCAGCCUGGACAUCGCGUUGGACGAAUGGCGGGCUUCAGUGCCCACGUUCUCGGGCCUACCUAGACAGAACGAAAAUCGCAUGGCCGAUUUCCUUUUUGAAAUGCAGUACUACUACUGCAUGGCUGCCAUCCAUCAGACAAGCAGCCGGUGCACUGCCUGGGUUCGGAACCAGGACACCCGCGCGGCGGGCUCGAGCCUUGCCCUCAGCGUAGCAGCCAGUCGGUCUGUGUUACGAAAGUUCCUGGAAACGGAUCCACAAAGCGAGGGACAAUUUCUCUUGUUUUGCUUACCAGAGCUAUCCACAUCUGCCAUCCACCUUUUCUCCAAUAUCCUGAUGUGUCCUCUGGAGGACCGAAGCGAAACUGACUUAUCUUUGAUGAGAGUAGUACUUGGACAUAUUGGGAAGCAUAUAUGGAGGCAGACGCCAACCACAUUUACCUCCCAGGUCCGCCUUGUGGAAGAGUUUAUGGGCGACCUCUAUCAUCUAGCAGAGAUGGCAAUCCUCAAGGCCCGACGGGAAAGUGAACAUUGA